AUGGCACGACCGGAGACACCCGAGGCCGCUGAGGCCCAUAUCAAAGCAAUCAGAAAAUCAAAGGGAUUUGAUGUUGAGCCAGGUCUUGCAGGGAGCAUUAUCGAUGACCUCGACAAAUCUCUUUCCAUUAUAUCCGAGGGGCUCUAUCAGAAAUCAAGCCGUUUCCUGAUGGAGAUAUUGCAAAACGCCGACGACUGCUCCUACGAUGACCCGACUCCAACCAUGGAACUCACCUACCGGAAUGGUCGCCUCCGUAUUGACUACAACGAAGUUGGCUUCACGAGGCGCGAUGUGGAGGCGCUAUGUAGCAUUUCGAGCACAAAAUUGAAAUCCAUGAACCAAACCGGCGAAAAGGGGAUCGGCUUCAAAUCCGUUUUCAAGAUGUCUGACCAGGCACAGGUGCUCUCUGGUCAUUACUCGUUUGCGUUUGACGCGAAGCGGACGUUGGGCACAAUAACCCCCGAGUGGGUAGUCAAUGCUGCUAAAGCGCGGCCUGGCUUCACCUCGAUUAUACUACAGAUAGAAGGAGAACGUAAGCAAAACGAACUAAUCCAAGAGUUAAAGUCCAUGGGACAUAAGCACCUGGUCUUUCUGAGGAGACUGCAGCAAAUCAAUAUCGCGAUUGAUGAUAACCAGGGCAAAACCUGGGAAACUACGCUUAAUCGAGAAGACAAAGACUCUGCUGAAGGACAACGCCGUAUUGUCACAUCAAGUCACGAUAGCCAGACUCUGGAGUACUGGAUCUAUCCGCACAUUGUAAAGACAAUGCCUCCAGAGCCAAAGCGCGAAAAUCACACCGAAUCUGUAAUUCUGCUGGCUUUUCCAGUCAGAGGGGAGGCCAGCCCUGAACCCGUAGUUGAGCAGCAAGACACUUAUGCCGUUCAUCCUAUAAGGGACUACGGAUUCAAGUUCUUAGUCAAUGCCGAUUUCUUACUCGUUGCUAGUCGCCAGGAUGUAGAUGCCUCAUCUAGGUGGAAUGAGACACUUCGAACCUCCAUUAUGGAUGCGUUUCAGGAAGCAUUAAAGCAUCUGAGUGUCGGGCCUUUGCGGUACACUUGGCCACGAUACAUGCCUAUCCCACUUAAGCUUUCUGGCUUCUUUUGGACCUUUGGCUAUGAUAUGAAGUAUAAGCUUCGGGAAAGCCCCAUUGUUGAGACCGCCAAAGGGGAGAUGGUUACGCCGCUGCUGGCGCGUUACGUGCCACCCCCGCUGCGAGAUCAGGACAAUACACCACUGACGCUUGGUCCAUUAACUGAGUCAAAGUACUUGUCGAAACAUUAUAGCGAUUCGGACUGGAAGUUUCUCCAAUCUCUCCAUGUCCAAAAGCUACCAGAUGAGGACUUCUUGGACGAUCUUCACCAACUCCUCUCACACGGCAACUGCGCCGCCGAGAAACCGGAGCUGUGGCAUGUGCAGAUCGCGAAAGUCUUGAUAGGCUUUCAUCAAUAUAAAAACAAGAUCAAAAAGCUACCCUUGAUCCCGGUAAAUGGUGGGGGGUGGGUAUCAGCUUCGACGGGCAAUGUAUUCUUCCGCAACGGCAAGGAGCAUACUGCCCUCGGUGAUCUUGGGGUAUCCUUUGUUGAUCAAGACGCGGCACAGAAUGAAGAUCGGAAGGCCCUCUUCGAGAUGCUUGAAAUCGCCGAAUUGUCCGAUUCAAAACUUCAAAGCCUGAUCCUAAAGAAACACGCCGGGACUGAGUGCUCACUGCUGCCCGCCGCACACGUCUUGGUGUCGCACGCUGUAUUUCUUUUCCGUUCGAGAUGGCAGUCCGACCCCUAUUCGAGAACACGUACCUCCUUCUGGGUUGUACCUACGACGGGGGAUUGCCUGCAGGCCCACCAAGUCUAUCUCAAGGGUGAGUGGGAUUACUACGCCCACCCGUGCUUUACCGAGUUCCGGCGAGAGUUCCCCUUUUUGCAUCGGGACUAUGAUUCAGCUGUAGAACCGGAAGAAACGAGAAAUUGGAUUAGUUGGCUUUGCAAGCAAUUGGGAGUUCAGAGCGUCUCAAAAAUGACGCCAACGCUUCAGAAGCUGGUUGUCAAGAAACACUCCAAAGCCGGCCCUACAGAUCUACCUGCUCAAGACCUCAUAAUAUCACACGCAAAAUUCCUCUUUCAGACGGGGUGGAUUUCAGAAGAUACACCUCCAAAAUUUUAUGUGGUGACUGAAGUAGGGGCAUAUGUCCAAGCAAAGGAUGUGUAUCUUGAUACAUCUACACAACAGUCCUUUGGUAAAUACUUUGACGAUUUUCGGCAGAGAUGCCAAUUCUUGCAUAAACAAUAUUACGGUGCAGUGAAGAAGGAAGAGAAGGAGCGUUGGCUUAAAUGGCUCCACGAGAAUAUAGGAGUGCAAGAUACCUCUAGACUUGUUCCGAAGCUCGCAGAAUUAACCUACGGGGAAUGCUCAGAAUCCAACCAGGCACAGCUACCUGCUCGCGAUGUCUUGAUAUCGCAUACAGUCUUCUUGUUCCGCGCGAAGUGGGUGAAGCCCGAGUCACACGGGGAUAAGUUUUGGGUUUUCACUGAAGGCGGGCAGCAUGUGCCAGCCCAGCAGGUCUACCUCGAUACCGCGCAGCAGUCUUCCACCAGAGAAUGGUAUAGACGGUUCCGCAAAGAACACCGCUUUUUGCAUGUGGACUAUUAUCAUGCAGUGAAACCAGAAGAAGCAAAUAGUUGGCUUAUUUGGCUUCGUGGGCAACUCGGCUUAUGGGAGGUGCCCCGGCUCGUUGAUGCCUCAGAUCCAGCCAUGCUCUCAUCAGAUUUUCGGCAGAUACUAAACUCUUGGCAGUCAAAGGAGUUUCUUAUGCUCCUUAAAGACGAAUGGGACAGCUACGAGCGCUUUUUUAAAGACCAAAUUGUUGGUUCCGAUCAAAAUGGGACUGAUAACGUGUUGGGAUAUCCACACAGCACCGCUUUGCGCGAUCAGAUAGGGUCAGCGAAGGUCAACUGCCGUGGUGGACUCACCUAUCCCCUCCAAGAUACUUUCACCAUCGACUUUCUUCCGGAUGGUACGGAUGCGGCAAUUCUGUCUUUGCACCCGCUGAUCGAGAUUCCAGAAUCCCAGAGCGCAGAUUGGACGUUUCUGAAACAAUUUGGCGUGACUAUGAAGGAAAGUGUCGCCAUGUAUCUCAAGACACUGGACAAAGUCCGGGGCUCAACGGUAUCUCUGAAGUUCAUCUCCUGGUUGUAUGGCCAAAUUCAAGAGAGGGACGGUAAGGAGCCAGGUGAUUUGACGUAUGUAAUAUGA